AUAAUUGUUACGGCGAGGGGAGAGCAAGAAGGAAGUGGAUCUUCGUUUAUUUAUUAACGGAAUAGAAUUACCCUCAGAAAGCAAAAACCGUACUGUGUACAAACUGCCGGUAUGGGGAAUUGUCAUACAGUGGGGCCCAAUGAAGCCUUGGUUGUAUCAGGUGGUUGUUGUGGUUCAGAUGAAAAAGAGUAUGUUUAUGGAGGAUGGGCCUGGGCGUGGUGGUGCAUCACUGACAUACAGAGGAUUUCCCUAGAGAUAAUGACGUUACAGCCCAGGUGUGAAGACGUAGAGACGGCAGAGGGGGUAGCUUUAACUGUCACUGGUGUGGCACAGGUAAAAAUCAUGACCGAGAAAGAACUUCUGGCUGUGGCAUGUGAGCAGUUUUUGGGAAAAAAUGUUCAUGAAGUUAAGAAUGUAGUCCUUCAGACCCUGGAAGGCCAUCUGCGUUCAAUUUUAGGUACCCUGACUGUGGAGCAAAUCUAUCAGGACAGAGAUCAGUUUGCCAAGCUGGUUCGGGAGGUUGCAGCUCCUGAUGUUGGACGUAUGGGUAUUGAGAUCCUUAGCUUUACCAUCAAGGAUGUAUAUGAUAAAGUUGAAUAUUUAAGUUCUCUUGGUAAGACUCAGACAGCAGUUGUUCAGAGAGAUGCAGAUAUUGGUGUCGCUGAAGCAGAGCGUGAUGCUGGUAUAAAGGAAGCCCUGUGCAAGAGAGAGAUGUUAGAUGUGAAAUACUUGGCUGACACUAAAAUGGCUGACUCCAAACGGGCUUUUGAACUGCAAAAAGCAGCAUUUAGUCAGGAAGUGAACACCAAGAAAGCAGAGUCUCAAUUGGCUUAUGAGCUUCAAGCAGCCAAGGAGCAACAAAAGAUUCGCCAGGAGGAGAUAGAGAUUGAGGUUGUUUCGCGGAAGAAGCAGAUUGACAUUGAGGAGAAGGAAAUUAUCCGAAUGGACAAGGAACUGGUAGCCACAGUAAGAAGGCCAGCUGAAGCUGAGGCAUAUAGGAUGCAGCAGAUAGCUGAAGGAGAAAAAGUAAAAAAAGUUCUUAUUGCUCAAGCUGAGGCUGAGAAGAUCCGAAAGGUAGGAGAUGCAGAAGCUUCUGUUAUUGAAGCGAUUGGCAAAGCAGAGGCAGAGAAAAUGAAGCUGAAAGCAGGAGCCUACCAGCAGUACGGGGAAGCAGCUAAAAUGGCCCUUGUCUUGGAAUGUCUACCACAGAUUGCUGCAAAAGUUUCUGCACCACUUUCCAAAGUUGAAGAAAUUGUUAUUCUCAGUGGAGACCACAGCAAAACAGGGGAAAUCAAUCGCUUGCUCGCGGAAGUUCCAGUUUCUGUUCAGGCUCUUACUGGUGUAGAUCUGACAAAGAUUCCAUUUCUCCAGAAGGCCACAGGAAUGAAGGUGUAAAACAGAACCUAGAGAGAACCUCCCGUAUGCACUCGAGUUAGUUGCCUUCAAACACAUUUGGACGCUUAGUUUUAUAGAAAGACAGUUUCAGCUUCAGUUUAAUUAUCUGGUGCCUUAUAUUUUAGGACCAGAAACAACUUGUCAUAUUCUUGCUGUCUUCAUUUUAGCUUGUAAAUUUAUUUUUGUUCUUUAAACCAAGAUGAUUAUUUUUUUAUUUUCCUGGUGAUUUUAUUUGUUAAUAUGAUAUAAUCUAUUGGCAAGGUAGAGUUCUAGUUUGACUGGAGUUGCUGAUUCUGUGCCUUCGGUCUCUCUUCCCAUCAGAUGUGCUCUCAAAGCUGCCAAAAUGCUGCUUUUAAUUUUUAACAAGAGCUCCAGCCAUUUUAAAUAUGUAGAAAUUAAGGAUGCCAUUGGUAGUUUACUCCAUAUAACUUCAUUCCUGCAUCUUUUUUAAGAUCCCUAUUUUUGACAGUAUAAAAAGCUAUAUGUAAAAUCAUUCAUGUAUCCAUCAUAUCCAUUUUUUUUAUUUUUAAUCCAUAUCAAUGGUGCUUGGCCCCUCUCAUGCCUCAUAUGCCUUUGCUUAACGCUUGCAAGUAAACGGUUUGAUUCAUCACAUUUUAAGGACAACCCCUCAGGAGUCUGCAGUUAGCAGUGUUAAGAGGGGUUUUCAGUCAAGAAGCAAUCUGCUGAGUAUGCAAACAUUCCAUUGUUUUGUAGUAUGGGAUUUCAAGCAAUGGGAAAAUGUAGAUGUUUAAGCCAUGCGCUUUCAGAAGUCUCUGUACACAGUUAAAAUCUGUAGGAAUGAUUUGUAUGACACUAACGUUUUCCACACUGACUGCUAGAGGUUUCAGAUGAAUCUGCAGUGCUCACCCACUUGUGCAUAUUUUUUUUUAUUCUUUAUGCUAAGCUCAAAGCCAUAAAACGGCAAUCUUUCAUAAUUUUAUGUUUAUUUUGGACCAUGUUUACUGAGAAGUGCUACCACUUAAUAUAUAUAUAUUUAAUUUUGUUUCUCAAAAACACACGUUUCAGGCCAGGUCCUUGCGUUACAUCUUGUCUUUACGGAGAUAUUUUUAAACAAAGCUGGUAGGUGCCUUAAUAUGUAGCACUGUUUGAUAAAUAUGAUCUGUACAAUUUUUAAAACCUUGCACUUAACAUCUUUGCAAAGUAAUAGAUCUUUAUACAAAAGGCAGUCUGUCAAAAAAUUAUAUGCUGUGUCAAAUAUCACGUUAAAAUGCAAUACACACGAAUACGCAGGGAAAUUCAAGUUUAAAUUGUGCUAAAUAGCCAAGGACUUUAAUAUAAAAGUCUGCCUCGAAAUCAGACCCUUUUAUUGACUUAAACUAGCAUCUGAUUUCAUACAUAUUUUUCUUUGUGUUUUGUAUGAAAAUGAUCUCUGUCUUGCAGAAUAGUUUUGUUCAUCGUUUCUAGUGAAGUGAAUGGCAAUCUGAAUAUCUGACACUAUAUUAUAGAGUAAUGGUUUUGUACUGGUCUAAAGUGUAUAAAAAAAAAAUCUAAAAUGUUCUUUAGCAUUUGUAAGUAUUUUGUUAUCCUGUUGCUUCCUUUCAACCACGUUAUA